AUGUAUAAGGUAAUUAUGAAAAAAAUUAAAGAAGGAGAAAAUAUUGAGUUAAUAUAUUCAUUACCUAAUGAAAAUAUACAAGACUUAAUUGUAAAUAAGGAAAAUAUAGAAAUUAAUAAGUUAAUUAUUAUAAAGCAUUAUAAUAAGAAAGAAUAUUAUAUAAAAGAAAUAAAAUAUGAGGAAUUUAACAAAAAAUCUAGUUUUUUAGUUAUUUUUAUAUGUGCUGAAAAUACCGCGAAUAGCUGCAUAAAUGUUAUAGAUAAGGAAGUUACAAAAAAUGAAAAUGAUAGUAAUCCAUUUAUUAAAAAUAAAAAUGAAAUAAAAAAGAUGGAAAAUAUAAAGAGUGACAUACAAAAUUUUUACUCCUAUAAUAAAUAUGAAUAUAAAAAUUCAAGGAAUAAAGUAUCUCUCCCAACGUGUAGUUCAUCAAGUAUUUUAUAUUUUUUAAAAAGAUUAAAUAAAAAAAAUUCAAAAAAAAUAGUAGACAAAAAUGUCUAUUCACUUAAAGAAGAUAUAGAAAAUUACUUUAAAAAUGCAUAUGCUAAAUACAUAUAUAAAAAUAAAUAUAUAUAUUUUUUUAUUUUUAAUAGUGAAAAUACGCAUUAUAUAGAUAGAAAUUUAAGUAUUAAAAAGUAUUUAUUGUUUAAAAGUCAAAUAGAUAAAAAUUGCAAAAUAACUACUUGUUAUAAAAAUAAUAUAAAUAAUAACUUAAGAUCAUUUUUUCAUAUAAUUAAAAAAAUAUAUAAAGUCAAGAAAAAUAGCUAUUCUAAUAAGGAUGUAAAGGAAAGAAAAGAAAAAUCACUAGAAUUAGCCAAUUCUAGUAAAGAAAAAAAGAAAAAGUUUUCUGAACCAAUUUUUACAGAAAAAUUCAUAUUAAAUAAUAAUAAUAAAUUUAUGUGGAGAUAUGGUAUAAAAAAAAAAAAAGACAAUUUUCCUUAUAAUAAAAAAAAUACAAAGUAUUAUAAUUUUAACUAUAACAGAAGUUUUAUUACUUAUUAUAAUUCAUCUUCUAAUAAUAAAGGAAAAUAUGAUUGUAGAAACAAAACGUUUCCGUACUUUUAUAUUAGUGAAAAAAAUAAUAUAAAAAAAUUUUUUGAAGCUAGUAAAUUAGCUUAUUUUAAAGAUUAUAAUUUUUAUAAAUAUCAUAAAUAUAACUUCAUAAAAGAAAAGAAAAAAAAUUACAAUGAUUUGAGUAAUAAUAUAAAAGACGAAAAGAAAAAAAUUUAUUGUAAAAAAGAUGAAAUGAAUGAAAAGGAAAAUCUAAUUUUUAAGUUAAAUUUUCUAAACCGAACUAAGAACACAGCUGUGUUAAGAAGUUAUCCUACAAAAAAAAAAAUAAAUAAAAUUAAUGGAACUUUUUUAAAAAAAGAAAAUAAAAACAACAACAAUUGUCCUGUUGAAAAGUUUAGUAAUUUGUGUAACUUAAAUAAAAAUUUAUGUAAAAAAAAAUCCUUCCCUUUUUCUACGCAUAAUAUCUAUAUGCAUAAAAAUUAUUUUAAUUCAUCCUAUUUUUCCACUCAAAGAAAUUUUAGCUCUAAUUUAUAUAAAAAAAAAAAAAAUUUUAUUUAUGAAAAAAAGAAUGAAAAUCUUGAAAGAAAAAAUAAUUUGAAAGAAUAUGUAACUAAAAUGUACCCUAAAGAAGGGUUAACAUCUUACUGUGGUAAAUAUAAAAGAAAAACUAAUAACAAAAAAUUUGAGAAAUAUAUAUAUAGUAAAAAAAAUAUAAGGAAUUUAAAUAAAAAAUACUGUAAUAGCUUCAGUAAGAGAAAGGAUAAUUUUUUUGAUAGUAACAAUUUUGAAAAACAUCCUAAAUUUCAAAUAAUUAAAAAUAAAGAUAAUAAAAAAUAUUUCUGCACAAAUGAAGCAAGGAAUAUUACGUUUCAAUCAAAGAGAAAAUCUUACUUUGAUAUAUAUAACAAUGAGAAUAGAAAUUUUUUAAUAAAAAAAAAAAAUUUUGUUUAUGAUAAUUAUUGCGCGAAAUUGCCGAAUAUAUACCAUUACAAUUUAAAAAAAAAAAACAAAUAUUUUUCUUUACAUAAUUUAAGAAACUUCUUAGUUGAACGGAGUUAUUCUAAUAUGAAAAAAUAUAAUUCCAAUAAGGUAAAUUUAACAAAAAGUUAUCAAAUAAAAUUAAAUAAAAAUAAAACAUUUAAUAAAAAGGAUUACAACUCAAUGAAUAAUAUGAACAAUAUAGAUAAAAAUAAUAAGUGUUCUAUAAGUGAAUUGAAAGCAUUUAAAACAGAAAAAUCUCAAAAUUGUUUUAAAGAUGUUUCUUCUUUUUGUUCUUCAUUAGAAUACAAUUCGCUUGAUAUUAAUGAUAAAAAGGAUUUUAAAAAUGACAUGAAUUUUUCUUUAAACUUAAAAAAUAUAAAAAAUAAAGCAGAUUUUGAAGUAAGUUUAGAAAAAUUAAAUACUUUAAAAAACAAAAAAUUCAAAGCUAAUGAUACAAACACGAGAAAAGAAAAAUUAGAAUUUGUUGGAAAUCAAUGUGAUAAAAUUUUUCAAGAUAGGAUAUUCAUUAGUGGAUAUGAAUUUGCUUCUAAUAAGUUAAACAUUGAAGAAAAAGGAAUUACUCAUAUCAUUAAUACUGCUGGAUAUGAAUGUGAAAAUAAAUACGAAAAUCUGUUUUUUUAUAGAACAUAUUAUUUGAAAGAUGAUAUGUAUGAUGAUAUUUUUUAUACCUUAUUAGAUUCUUUACGUUUUAUUAAAAAUGUUUUAAAAGAGAAUGAACGAAAUAAAAUUCUUAUACAUUGCAGUAAAGGAAUAUCAAGAUCUGUUAUUAUUAUAAUUUUUUUUCUUAUGAGUGAAUUAAAUUUAAAUUAUUUUGAUGCAUUUCAAAUUGUGAAAAAUAGUAGAGCAUUAUCAAAUCCCAAUAUGAAUUAUAUUACUCAAUUGUUAAACAUAUUUAAUAUAAAAAAAACUGUACAAAACAUAGAUAGAAGGAAAGAAAAUAAAAUAAUUAAGGAUAAAAUAGUGAAUGAAAAUAUAAUAAAUAAAAAUAAUGAAUUAAUAUCAAAUGAUGUUCGAAUAGAUAAGGAAGAAAAUAUGGAAAAUUAUAAAAAUUGCAAUGAUAUUAUUUGUCUUUUUAGAAUAGAUUUAGAGGGAAAAUACCUCACCUUAAAAAAAUUAGAUAAUUUAAUUUAUCAUGAUAGUGAUAAUGAUUCUGCUGUUUUAAUUGAUAAAAGAUUUAAUUACAUAAUCACUUAUAAUUUUAAAGAUUACUAUUUAAUGCUAUUUGAUGACACUUAUGAAUCUAUAUUUCAUUCAAUAUUUAAUCAUUUUAUUCUUAUUUCUAGCUAUUUUUUUGGUGAUAUGAACAAAAAAUAUGUUAUUAGAUCUAAUUUUAUGAAUAUUUUUAAAAAUUUUAAAAUUAAAACUAAAAUUAUAAAUAGUAUUACUGAUUUUGAUAAAUAUUUCUUAAAUAUCCAAAGUUUUCUUAAAAUGUCAUAA